AUGGUCGAUCUCUAUCGAAUUGAACAAGGGGAGAAUGAACAUCCAAAGGCAUACUUACAGCGUUUCAUUGACCUCGUGCAUCAAAUCCAUGACGUCGACCCACUCACCGCAGCAAAUCUCUUCAUCAAAAACUUGCAGGUGGGGUCACUCUUGCAUGAGAAUCUCACUAUGACACCACCAUACGACAUGGCAGACGUGCAGACCCGAGCCGAGGGCGUCUUCAGGGUAUUAGAAUUUCGAGAGCGCGCACAGAAGAAGACUGCACUCAUCUCUGCUCCCCCAGCGAAUAAUCCUCCACCACCUGCCAGGGAUGACAAGAGGAAGCGGAACCAAACAGAUCAUACGAAGGAAGGAAAAAGGCCAAGACAGGAUCGACAGCAAUCGCGAAGGGAUAAAAGUAGAUUCUGUCUCUUCCACAAAGAUCACGGUCAUACGAUCGCUGAAUGCCACAAUCUGAACAAUCAGAUCCAAGCCCUCAUGAGGAGUGGGUGGCUUACCCAAUACAUCAAGGAGACAGGCAGACCAGGCGCCUUGCGGCAGAACACAGCUUCUGCCCCCACUCCGCAGACGUCAGACCCCGUACACACAACCUCUGACAGCACCUUGGAGCCUCUUAAACAAGUCCCUAUGAUCCACGGGAUCGUAGAACCCACCGAUAAUCAAGAGCACGCGACUAAAAUCCAUAAGAGGAUGGAAGAACGAGUGAAGCGGUACAAAUCAUUAGGCCACGUGGUCAAUCUCGUCACUUCAGAAGAAAGAAGCUACACAGCCUCUGCUAUCACCUUCACUGACGAAGACCUGAAGGGCGUCCACCUGCCUCAUGACGAUCCACUCGUCAUUUCCUUACAAGUUGACCACUGCCAGCUGGGCAGAGUUCUGAUCGAUGGGGGCAGUGGGGUCGACAUCCUCUUCUGGGAAGCCUUCCAGAAAAUGGGACUGGAGGAGAAUCAGAUCCGACCCUCCACCAUGCCCAUUUUGGGAUUCAAUAGCCACAGAGUCUAUCCGAAGGGUGUCGUUCGAUUAACUGUGGUAGCUGCAGAACGCGCCCUGCCAGUAGACUUCCUCAUUAUAGACUCCACCACGAGCUACAACGCCAUCAUGGGGAGAGGUUGGAUCCACCGGAUGUAG